GAGAGAACGAGAGAGAGACCGGCUGGACCCACACCGUUCAAACCGUUACCCACCUGCAAAUAAACCGUGCACGUUCUUUGCUGACGUCACGGCGGAUAGAACAAUCGUCGCGCUGUUCUGUUAUGACGUUAUAAAGCGUACUUUGGAACAUUUCCUCGCGACAGCGCCUCAUAACAUGCACGGAGUGUCCCACGGCAGCGCAGGCGAACAACAGGUGGAUUCCGAGGCCAUUCCAGACAUGGAAGUAGCCAUACUUCUGUGUCUCUCCGCCCCACGAGUAACCACAGCAAAGACACCGUAAAAUCCAGCGUACCGGAAAGAAGCCGAACGACGCGCUCGCGAUAUGGAUCAUUUCAACUGUGGUGACGUGACAUUAGCAGCAUUACGGACAAGAUUGACCACUUACACGGUUCAUUCGGAAUUAUGUCACUGUACAUCUGAUAUCGUCUUCUAAUACACAGAGGCUGUUUAUUUCUCUCCCAAGAGAGUGUUUGAAGACUUUUGGAGUCAUGCCUGUCAGUAACGGAUCGAUGAUGGAUUUGCCCUCGGGAUGUGUGAAAGUAAAGGCGCAUUACGGAGGGGACAUACUGAUCUCUGACUUGGAUUUGGCCAUGACAUACACAGAGGUGUAUGAGGAGGUGAGAACGAUGUGUGGGGUCCGAAAGGAGAUGCCAAUUACACUCAAGUGGAUUGACGAUGAAGGUGACCCGUGUACCAUCUCAUCCCAGAUGGAGCUGGAGGAAGCAUUCCGGAUCUACAGCCGGAACCGGUGCUCCGGACUCCUAUUGCAUGUGUUCCCAAGCAUUCCUGAAAAGCCCGGUAUGCCGUGCCCAGGAGAGGACAAAUCAAUCUACCGCCGUGGAGCUAGACGAUGGAGGAAGCUGUACCGGGUGAACGGGCACCUCUUCCAGGCCAAGCGCUUUAACAGGAAAGCAUACUGUGGCCACUGCAGCGAGAGGAUAUGGGGACUGGGGCGUCAGGGCUACAAGUGUAUCAACUGCAAGCUACUGGUCCAUAAACGCUGUCACAAGCUCGUCCCACUGACCUGUCAAAGGCAUAUGGAUCCAGUCAUGCCAUCGCAGGAGCCGUUGGUAGACGAUGAUAAAAGUGGAGAGGAAGUGGAGAUCCCCCCUGAGGACCCUGAGGAAACAGACGCAAUUCCAGUCCCUUUUUUAGCUCACAACCGGAAAGUAGAGAAAGCUGAAGAUGACACAGAGGAUCUGAAGGCGGUGGUGGAUGGUAUCGAGGGGAUUCAGAUCUCUCAGGGUCUUGGCCUGGGGGACUUUGACCUGAUCCGGGUGAUUGGGAGGGGCAGUUACGCCAAGGUGCUGCUGGUACGACUCAAGAAGAACGAACAGAUUUAUGCCAUGAAGGUGGUGAAGAAAGAGCUGGUCCAUGAUGAUGAGGACAUUGACUGGGUCCAGACAGAGAAACACGUGUUUGAACAAGCAUCAACCAAUCCAUUCUUAGUGGGACUUCACUCUUGCUUCCAGACAGAGAGUCGGCUGUUUCUAGUGAUCGAGUAUGUGAAUGGAGGAGAUCUCAUGUUCCAUAUGCAGAGGCAGCGUAAGCUUCCAGAGGAACAUGCCAGAUUUUAUGCUGCUGAAAUUUGCAUCGCUCUUAAUUUUCUGCAUGAGAAGGGAAUUAUUUACCGGGAUUUAAAACUGGACAAUGUACUAUUGGACCAGGAUGGCCAUAUCAAAAUUACAGACUAUGGCAUGUGCAAGGAGGGAAUCAGACCAGGUGACACCACCAGCACAUUCUGUGGGACGCCCAACUACAUCGCCCCAGAGAUCCUGAGGGGAGAGGAUUACGGCUUCAGUGUAGACUGGUGGGCCCUCGGCGUGCUUAUGUUUGAAAUGAUGGCAGGCCGAUCUCCUUUCGACAUCAUCACUGACAAUCCUGAUAUGAACACAGAGGAAUAUCUCUUCCAGGUAAUUUUGGAGAAGCCGAUACGGAUUCCCAGGUCACUGUCUGUUAAGGCUGCAAGUGUGCUGAAAGGCUUUCUGAACAAGGACCCCAAAGAGAGGCUGGGAUGUCAAGUUCAGACCGGAUUCACAGACAUCAAGUCUCAUACGUUCUUCAGAAGCAUAGACUGGGACCAGCUGGAACAGAAGCAGGUGACGCCACCGUUCAAACCUCAGAUCACAGACGACUACGGUUUAGACAACUUUGACACGCAGUUCACCAACGAACCCGUGCAGCUAACACCAGACGACGAGGAUGUGAUAAAGAGAAUAGACCAGUCUGAGUUUGAGGGAUUCGAGUAUAUUAAUCCUCUGCUGCUCUCCAAUGAAGAAACCGUAUGAGGGAAGAACAAUCCGGCUGAUGUUUCUCUGCCUGCGGCUCCACAAGACUACUACAGCUGAGUUUAGCUCAGACUAUGUGUUCACAGAGAAGAACUUCUCUUUAAAACUGUGUUUAAGACAAAAAGCAACACUAAGAGUUCACGUUUCGGACCCUCCUUGAGUUAUUUUUGGGUUACACUGGAAGAAGAAACGACUGGAGAAACUAUUCCCGCAAUUUUAGCUGAUUGUCUUCCUGCUUCCCAGCAUCCUCUUUAAUUUUCACACCCAUGUGUCCAUGUGCACUGUUAACUGGGACUCAAGUUAGUUUCUUCAAUGUGUGCCUGCAUCCAUCAGAGACUACAUUUCCCAUCAGCCCUUGCUAAAUAUGACAGUUCUAACUUAAUGUGCACUUUUAUUUUGUUAGAAUUUUUUUUUUUUUUUUUGAUUCUCUUAAAUCUUGUAUGAGGCUUGUCCUCAAGCAAAACAAGAAUGUAUAAUGUUUAAAGGUAAAAAAAGGUUGUAUUAUAGUGUAGGUAGCCAAACAAAGAAUUUAUGAUGCCUUCUAUGAUGCAAAGUGGCACAUUUUAAUUCAUGAUCAUGAUGGUUUCAUCCACAGUGGGUAGCUGUGCUUCAAGCCACAAGCUUUUAACCACCCAUGUUGGUUUUAAAUGGAAGAUAAAAUGUGUUUUUUGAAGAAGUGCCUCAAAGAUCCAAAAUUCACCAUGCUCCAAACUGCUCUGAACUCCACAUUAGAUUGGAGUUGGUUUUCCAAUGCACCAUCCACUGAGAAAGUGGGCUGCAGGUGUUAUUAUUUUUUAUAUAUAUAUAACACAAACACACUAAUACAAAUGUUGAGAACAAAACAUGAAGAUUAGACACUGAAUGAUCACAAAGCCCAAAUAGAUCUGACAAGCAGUAAUAUUACCAGCCUCGGCUCAUUGGAAAAAAAAAAAUUUCUCUAUCCAUAUUUUUGCAAAACUCCAAAAAUGUAUCUACAUUUUACUGCAGUUUCCAGCUGAAAUGAACACUAAUGGCACUAAGAUUGUUUAUUUCUUUUCACACAAAUUAUUAGGGAGCAGAUUAUUGAUUUAAAAAAUGCUUAUUUUUGCGCAGUUCCUUGUUAUGACCUCAAAACACUUUGAUAGAGCAUGAUUUGUAAUACAUUUUGAUAUUUGCGUUGCAUGACCAGCCCCAUAUAUAUGGUUUUCCCCAAAUAGUAAACUUGCUCGGUAUCUCACCCGGUACAGGACUGCACUUGUGAUGUGAAGCACUCGGGCUUGAAUCCCGCAAAACCCAAGUUAGGAUAAAAGACCUUAAUGAUUUGUAGAAGCAAGCUAAAAUCACUCAUGUUUGCAUUUGUUAACACUUCAGUUAAGAUUAGCAUCCAUACGUUUUUUUUCAAAAGCCAUAGCGCAUUAACCUCACUGGAAAUUUCAUUUCUGAACUGCCACAACAUGCAAAGAAAACCAACAUAAUAAAACAUUGCCAGAUUCAUGUCCAUCUAUCUCUGAUAAAAACUGAAUGCAGCUUUAGUGCCACUUACUAGACAUUUCACAUUUAAAGUGUCAUAAAACAUUCAAAAAACAAUUAAGUGUUGCAUAAAUAUCGAAACAGGGGAGUCCGCCCCCCCCACUCCCAAUUGAGCCUGGGUUUAAUAUUACUGUAGAGUUCAUUACAGCCGCACUAUAUUACCCAAAUGGCUGCUUCUCACUCUGAUAAGAGGUUUUUUUUUGUUUGUUGUUGUACUCAUGUGAUCUGUCAAUAAUGUGCUGUUGAGAUGUUGUGGAGCGUGAGAGAACAGUGAUGUGACUGAAUCUCAGAUGACCUAAACACAAGGUAGAACUGUUUUUGCAGUCGCAAUCAAAUACUGCAAAUACUACUCAACCUAUUGCAACAUGCAUUAUCAAACACAGUCAGUACAGAAUGCUAAUCUUUUAUCAGUCAGUGACAGCCUGUGUUCGGAAUGGAGUUCUAGCGUGCUAUAGAAGUAGUAUAUACUGUAUUCUAUCUACUAUUUGUAUUAAUAGUAGGUGAAAUGAUAGUCAAUAUUCCACGAGAAACACUUUUCAGACAUUAAUAAGCUGCACUGUCACGUUACGUAGUGAUGUUGCGUACAAGCAACUAAUAAUGACUAUUUUGUAUUUUAAAAUCAAUCAGUCAGGCAAAAUAAUGAGCCAAGAAAAAAAGAGAGAUGGAAAUGGAAGGUCAAGUUGUGUGUAUUGCAUUAUGGGAUAUGUUAUUCUGCACUGUGUGUGUCUUGGCAAAUGUAGUAGGUCAUCUGGGUAUCCAAUGCAUACUGUGCACAGUAUACAUACUGCAGAGAUCGUGAGAGUAGCUUGUUAGUAUGCUAUUACAAACAUAGCAGUUCACUCCUACACACUUUUAAACUAAACCAUUAUGUCUAUUUAGAUUCCAGGCCACACAAAAAAGCUCUUAAAAAUUAACUUCAAAAUUUCCAUUUAAAGAAUAAAAACAGCCAAUCACAGGCUAGCUUGACUGAUUAAUCCCUCACAGUGAUAAGGUAUUGUGUUAUUAAGCAACUAGAUAUGUUUUCUAUCUUCCACAGCAUUUAAUCUCCCAGGUUUUUUUUAUUUUUAUUAUUAUUCCCCUCUCUUCCUGGAGCUUGAAGACGACACUCUCGUGAACGCUUUGAUGAAAUCAGACCUGUAUGAAGAAUUGCUGCCAUGUUAACAGGAUUAAUUAGCUGCUUUUGUGUCAGACAGUAGUGAGAUUAGCAGACAGGCUAAGAACAAAGAAUGGCCGGGGAGAUAACAAGCGUGACAAACUAACGAUAACGAGGCAGAGAGAAAAGCCAGAUUUCCCCACCAUGUUUUCAGCUCUCUAAUGAAAAUCUGGUGCAAAAACAGGCACACAAUUUGGUUGAACUCUACUAUUUAUGAAUGAUAUAUGGAUUAUUUGUAAUGUGAACUUUAGUUGAAUGCAAACUGCCAACAAGUGGCAUUCCAGUAUAGUUUGGCAAGGCCAUUGCUCAUGCAAAUUAUCAGGUUUUUAACAUAAAUAUGGUCCUACAUGAAAUUAUUUAGCUCAAAAUUUGCUUCAUUUUUUUUUUUAUUCCUGUAGAUUUUUUUUUUUUUUUUUUUUUUACAAAAACAGGUACUAUGGUAUAUUACAAAGGACAAAGUAAUAAAUCAUCUUCACCCAACCAUGACUUAAUUUUCCACCAGCUUGACCUAAUGUACAGAAUCCACAUGAAACAGUAUCAGAUUUAUUGUUGUCCUUUGUUUGGGUUUUAUUCAUGUUUAUAUUUUAACUGGAAUGAGUUUGGCACAAUUGCAAAUGUAUAUAAUUUAACCCUUAAAAUGAUCUCUCUCACACAAAUACACACACAAAAGAAAUAAAUCUGUUUCUGCAUCAUUAUAAGAGAUAUCUAAAUCCAGUGUCCCAACUCUUAAACUUAGAGCCCAAGACUCCAAUAAAAUACAAGUUCCUGUCCCUGAAAACAUUUAAAGCAAGAAAUUUCCAUUAUUUAUUAACUUGCCAAAUAUAAAAUCUGUCGCAAGCUGUUUUCUGCUUUUCUUUUCUUUUUCUCGGGUUCUUCCCUUAUGUCGAGUCCAAAGCAAAUGACGCUCUUAUCAAUGUGCUACAGGGGAAUACUUUUAUAUUUGAAGUGUUUGUUUUAUAAAUUAUUGUAAAUGAAAGCUCUAGUAGAGUUCCUGUGGGCUGAGGAUGGGAGAGAGAGAUGUGAACAUGUCUUUGGUUUUACGAAGUUAAGUCUUAAGCAUCUUAGAUAACAACUGUAAAUCAGUAAAUGUUCAUUGUAAUGACUUCA